AUGUUCGGCCCAAUGCGCCGCUGGCGCACCUUUGUCAUCAUCGCCGCGGUAUUCGUGGGCGCCUUCUACGUCCUGAUGCGCAGAGACCCGGAGAUCCUCGACCGCUACAAGCACCAGGGCCCCAUCCCCAAAGCACCACCCGUCAAAAUCCCGCCACCACCGCACCACGAGGAGGGCCAGGCCAGCUCCGACUACCUGCGCCUGGAGAAGCUGCCCGACCGCUACCCGGUGACCUCCUUCAAGGAGCUGCCAUUGCCCGCUUCGGACGCCGCCGCCGCCGGCCGUCUUGUGCCCGCCAUCCAGAAGCCCAAGCCCAAGGAGACCAGCGAGGAGCGCGACGUGCGCAAGGCGCGCCUCGAGGCCGUCAAGGCCAGCUUCCUGCGCAGCUGGGAGGGCUACAAGGAGAACGCGUGGAUGGCCGACGAGGUGCAGCCGCUGUCGGCCACGCCGCGCCAGGACUACGAGAAGCUGGGCGGCUGGUCGGCCACGCUCGUCGAUACGCUCGACACGCUCUGGAUUCUGGGCCUGCGCGACGAGUUCCGCAUGGCGGUGCGGGCCUGCGAGGCCAUUGACUUUGGCGUCACCGAUGCCGACACCGUCCACGUCUUUGAGACGACCAUUCGCUAUCUGGGCGGCUUCCUGGGUGCCUACGAGAUCAGCGGCAAGGCCUACCCCCAGCUGCUGCACAAGGCGACGGAGAUUGGCGAGAUCCUGCUCGGCGCGUUUGACACGCCCAACCGCCUGCCCAUGGGCCGCUGGGACUGGCUCGCGUACGCCCUGGGCGAGAUGCAGACGUCGGCGCCCACCAAGAUGCUGUCGGCCGAGAUUGGCACGCUCUCGCUCGAGUUCACGCGCCUGACCCAGCUGACCGGCGACGUGCGCUUCUACGACGCCGUCCAGCGCAUUUCGGACGUGCUCGCCGAGCACCAGCAGCUCACGCGGCUGCCCGGCAUGUGGCCCGUCGAGAUCGACGCCUCCAAGCCCGCGUUCGACCAGGACAACCUCUUCACCAUCAACGGCAAGGCCGACUCGCUCUUUGAGUACCUGCCCAAGCAGUGGCUGCUGCUCGGCGGCGCCCUCGACCAGCCGCGCCAGAUGUACGAGAAGUGGCUGCCCGUCGCCAAGAAGCACAUCUUCCGCCGCGUCGUCAACGCCUGGAACCUGAAGCUCCUUCUGCCGGGCGAGGCCCGCGUCACGGACGACCCGAUGACGGGCAAGGCCAUUGCCACAACGGCGCGCGGCGAGCACCUUGGCUGCUUUGCGGGCGGCAUGGUCGGCCUGGCCGCGCGUGCGUUCGGUGGCCCCGACGAGAACGACAACAUGGACCUGGCCGCCCAGCUGACCGACGGUUGUGUGUGGUCGUACAACGUGACGGCCACCGGCAUUGGCCCAGAAAAGUUCUUCUUUGCGUCCUGUGGGGGCCCGAACGAGCUGCAGACGGGCCUGCGCUGCGUCUACUCGGAAGACAAGUGGCGUGCUGCCCUAAAGGAGCACUGGAAGCAAGUCAGCCUGAACGGCGGCGGCGAUGGCAACGUGGACGACGGCGUCGAGAACAUUAUGAAGGAGGGCCGCAUUCCUCCGGGCAUGCUCGACGUCGACAACCCGCACUACCUGCUGCGGCCGGAGGCCAUCGAGUCCAUCUUUGUCAUGUGGCGCCUGACGGGCGACAAGCAGUGGCAGGAGAAGGCCUGGCGCAUGUUCCAACACGUGGUGCGCCACACCGGUGCGGCGCCGGGCUCUGGCAACGAGGGCCAGGUCGCCGCGGCCGCCGUCGAGGAUGUGCUGCGGGGCGACUCCAAUGCGCUCAUGGACCGCAUGGAGAGCUUCUGGCUGGCCGAGACGCUCAAGUACUUUUACCUCGUCUUUGAGGACUUUGACGUUCUCAGCCUCGACGAAUGGGUAUUUAACACCGAGGCGCAUCCCUUCAGGCGUGCCGUGUUCCCUUCCAAGUAG